AUGCCCCCUCUCCUUCUCUCCCCCCCUCUCCCUCUCCUUCUCUUUCUCCCUCUCCUUCUCCUUCUCCUUCUCCUUCUCCCUCCCCUUCUCCCUCUCCCUCUCCCUCACCUUCUCCCUCUCUCCUCUCUCCUUCUCCCCGUCCCCCCUUCUCUUUGUGACCCCCGCCUCACACCCAUGCCUUUCCCUCGCAACCCACCCCUUUCACCCUCCUCUUCCUUCCCUAUCUUCCCUACCUCUUUUCUCCUUCCUCCCUCUCCUCCCUCUCCUCCUCCCCCCUCCCUCAGAUCCCCUAUUGAGCCUCUCCUAACGCCCAUGCCCCCAACCGCCCUUGCACCAACCCUCUCGGCCUCCUCUCUCACUUCCCCUGCCUCUCCCUUCCGUCUCUCCUCUACCUCCUCUCUCCCCUCUCUACCCUCUCUCCUCUCUCUCUCCUCUCUCUUCCCUCUUUUUCCACCCUCCUCUCCCUCCCCUCGCUCUAACUCAUUCAAAUCUCCUCUGGAGCCCUGCCGUAUUCCCAUUCCUGUCGUGUUUUGGAUCGACUCAAAACACAACUCCUUUACAUCUCCUCUGGACCCUCGUCGUACACCCAUUCCUGUCCCACCACCCCUUUCACCAGCACCCUUAUCGUUCCCCUCAUCCCUCCCCUCACCCCUCCCCUCACCUCUCACCUCACGCCUCUCCAUAGCCCUCCCCCUCCUCCACGUCUCCUCCCCCUCCUCACUCGCCUCGCUAUCACUCAAAUCAGACGCAGACAAAGACAGCUCCGAUGAUUCCUCACUGCUACUGCUGCUGCUACUGCUCCCGCUCUUCCUCCUCCCAGCCUCUGCAGACCUCUUCACUCCCCCCGCCUCCAUCAAACUCCCCUUCCUCAAUCUCCCCCUCCUCUCCCCCCACCGCCAUCCCCUCUUUCUCCUCCCAUGCCCCACCGCCCAUCUCCCCAUCCUCCUCCUCAUCAAUACGAUCAUCACCACUCCCAACCGCAUCUCUUUCCCUUCCAACCCCCACGUCACCCCUCUCCCCCCUCUCCUCCCUCACCCCCUGGUCCUCAAACCCCUCGUACCCCCCUCCCCUGUUCUCGCCCUCCUCCCUCUCCUCCCCAUCCCACCCCAUCGCUUCUUCCCCUUCUUCUAG